AUGGAGAGCAGUGGUAGUGUGUUUGAUCACAAGCAAAUGGUGGCCAAGACGGAGAGAGGUGAGUCCCCGAGAUCGUCCACGAGGCUGCAGAGGCGAGCACCCGCGGCUCUGCAGCUUGACUGCACGGCUCAGAACCCGUUUGCCGUCGAGGGAACAGCUAUUCCGCUGCUUUCGCCUCUCUACGUGCCUCCGAGUCUUUCAUCUUCGCCCCGGGAGGGGGAAGGGUUCGGGUUUCACAGCAGUCCUGACAAGGAGGGCUCUCAGGCACUGCCGGACAGCCAGGGAGGGUGGCAGCAUCCGGCAAUAUCCGAACAUUCUGAGCUCGUGACCAUGUUUCAGACCAAGUUUGUGCUCGUAAAUGAUUCACGUUGA